AUGUAUACAGUAACAAAUCGUAAUCUGGAGCCAAAUCCUGUUCAUAGUAUUCAUGCUGAAAAUAUCACCAACACAACACUGAACUUAAGUUGGAAAAAUGAUGAUAAAAAUGCACCCAGUUACACUUAUCAAAUAGUUAUUGAUGGACAUGGUGAUCUUCAACCGAGUGCUGUCUAUGAUAUUAAAGCCGAAAAGAUCACACAAACAUCUCUGAAUUUAACAUGGAAAAAUAAUGAUACAAAUUCAUCAAAUUAUACUUAUCAAAUACAUAUUGAUGGACCGGAUCAUUCUGAUAAUAAAACUUCUAAUACAACCUUUUUAUUAAUUCAUGACUUGAAACCUGGAACUUUAUACAGGCUUGAAAUAUAUGCACAGGUCAAUGGUAGUCAAACCGAAGGAGAUUCAGAAGGAACAAAUGUUUAUACAAAGCCCAGUCCAGUUUAUGAUAUUAAAACUGAAAACAUCACUACUACCUCCCUGGAUUUAAGUUGGGAAAAUAAUGAUACAAAGGCAUCAAAUUACACUUACCAAAUACGUAUUGAUGGGCCUUCUUCUUUUAGCUUGUUUUCUAAUAGUAGAUAUGUGUCAAUUUCUCCCUUGGAACCUGGAAGAUUGUAUAAGUUUGAAAUAUUUGCACAAGUCGAUGGCAAUAACACUGAAGGAGACCCAAAUGGAACAAAAGCUUAUACAAAACCUAGCUCAGUCUUCAACAUCACAGUUAAAGAUGUCAGUACAACCACAGUCAACAUAUCAUGGGAAAGUCCUGAUGCAGCUGCUUCUACAUACUCUUAUAGGAUACUCAUCAAUGGAACAAUUGAUGAGACUAAUAAAACAUCCCCAACUACUAACACUGAAAUUUCAGAGCUAAAUCCUGGUACUAAUUAUAAAUUCAGCAUAUAUUCCAUAGCAGCAGAUAACAAGACUGAAGGGAUACCCGAGAACAUAAUUCAUUGUACAAAUCCAGCAUCAGUGGAUAGAUUCGAUUGUAAUCUGGUAGAAAAAAAGCCACAAUUAAGUUUAAACUGGAGCACUCCAAAAGGAAGUUAUAAAGGCUUCAGAAUUGAUGUCCUAAACAAUCCUUGGAACCAGACUUUGGAGGGAAAAUAUGAAACCAUUGUCACAGGCCUGGAUUACUUUACCGUGUAUACCAUUAGAAUUGUCACCCUUUCAUGUAAGAAAACGAGUGUUCCUCAGGAAAAAACAUGCCGCACAAGUAUCACAGAUCCCCCACCUUUGGUCAUGUCCCCUACCGUGAAGGCAACCAAUCACAACUCUUUCAGUGUUCAGUUCAACAGUUUUAGUUCAAGUCAUGGACCUAUAACAGCAUAUGCAGUCGUCAUUACCACGUCAAAAGAUACACCCUCAAAUGAGGAUUUAAAGUACACAUAUGAUGAUUUCAGGAGAAAAAUAACAAAUACUUAUGUUGCAUAUAUCAUAAGUGAAGAAAAGCGUUCAUCUUCUUCUACCAAAAAUCAGGAUUAUGUUGUUGAAAUAGGCGAUGAAUCUGUAUCAUAUGGUUAUCUUAAUGGAAAAUUAGAUCCACUUGGGUCAUACGGGGCAUGUGUUGCUGCUUUUACUAGAAUUACAUUUUUGAAUGAGAGCAUUGUCAAUGCAGAGAAGAGUUAUGUCUCAUUUUCUCAUCUUUCACCGUUUGUUGACUUACCUCAGAAUCCAGCUGUCAUCACAGGAGCUGUUGUUGGAAGCAUUUUGAUUGUGUUAGUUAUUGUUGCAAUUGUUGGAUUCAUCUUCUGGAAAAACAAAAGGAAAGGUAGAAAUAACGAAGUGCCAUUUACUCAAAUUGAACCUAAAAAAUCAAAGUUACUUAAAGUUGAAAAUUACGAAUCUUAUUUUAAGAAACAGAAAGCCGACUCAAACUGUGGGUUUGCUGAAGAGUAUGAGGAUCUCAGGCCAGUUGGAGCUAAUCAGCCUAAAUUUGCUGCAGAAUUGUCAGAAAACAAAGGAAAAAAUAGAUACAACAAUGUUUUGCCUUAUGAUAUUUCUCGUGUUAAACUUUCAGUUCAAAAUCAUCCAACUGAUGAUUACAUUAAUGCAAAUUAUAUGCCGGGAUAUAACUCCAAGAAAGAGUUUAUUGCAGCACAAGGCCCUUUGCCUAACACUGUGCAAGAUUUCUGGCGCAUGAUCUGGGAGAAGAAGAUUUACACAGUUGUUAUGUUGACUAAAUGCAUUGAACAAGGCCGGACAAAAUGUGAAGAGUAUUGGCCAAACAAACAAUCCAAGAACUAUGGGGAUAUAAUGGUGGCCAUGACUUCAGAAAUUUUCUUACCCGAGUGGACAAUAAGAGAUUUCUCCAUAGAGCAAAGUGAUUCACCGGAAAGUCUUCCUGUGCGUCAGUUUCACUUCACUGCCUGGCCUGAUCAUGGGGUUCCAGAAACCACUGACCUCCUCAUCAGCUUCAGGCACUUGGUACACGAAUUCAUGAGGCAGAAGCCAUCAACUUCUCCAACCUUAGUUCACUGCAGCGCUGGUGUUGGGAGGACAGGAACUUUCAUUGCAAUUGACCGUUUGAUACAACAGAUGGAGAUGGAGAACACGGUUGAUGUAUAUGGCAGCGUUUACGAUCUGCGAAUGCAUCGAUCUUUAAUGGUACAAACAGAGGACCAAUAUGUCUUCCUAAACCACUGUGUUAUGGAUAUUAUUAAAUCUAAGAAAGAAAAGAAAAUGGAUCUCAUCUAUCAGAACACAGAUGCCAUGGCAAUCUAUGAGAACUUCACACCAUCACCAUAUAUUGGGAGGGCAAAUGGCUACCAUGUAUAACUAGAAAGGAAUGGUCUGCUUCCCAUUUGGGCCUUUUGCAGAGGAGAGAAAGAAAUAUGCACUGCUUUUGUAUGACUUUAUAUACAAAGACUUCAGCACCUGUUCUGAAGAUGCACAUGUUAAAUUGCCAGUGGAAACUGUGGAUUCACUAUAGUGUUAAAAGAAAAAAAAUCUAUACUGUAUUUUGCAGAUAAUUUUUGCAUUGAAGGUUGAUAAAACAAAAUAUUACUGGUGAAAUUAAUGUUGGCUGAAUAAUAAGAAUGAAAAAUAUAGACACUUUUAAAUUAUUUUUUAAACAUGUUCAUGUUCAGACUUCAUAGGAUACUGAUUCUAUUGUUCGUGUUCCAGAAAUUAAUGGUGUAUAUUGGUCACUUUUAACAUUUAAAUUCCACAGUGACUUCUGAAAUUCAUUUUAUUUAAAAUGAGAACACGUAAACCUUUUAUAAAUAGGAUAUUUUAUUAUGUAAUUGUGCCUUUCUAUUUUGCUAAAGACGAAAUAAUCAGAGAUCUAUAUUUUUGUAUUGAAAUUCUCAGAUGCUGUCUAACAUUUGAAUAUGAUUAUUUUCAUUUUUUUAAAUCUGGAAUACCUAUGCUUAUUCCUUCCUUCUGGAAGUGGCAACCAUUCAUUUAUAUGAUACUUUAGCCUGAGGAAGGUUUAUUGCAGAAUUCAUUUGCUUGAUCUUGUGAGCACAAUAACUAUCGUAUCAUAUUUUGGUUUCAUAAUAAGGACAAGGUUUUCUUAUAUGGGUAAAUUAAAAUUUAUCCAAUUUUAUUUUCAUGCAUUGAAAAUAUUUCCCACUUUUGAUGAAAGUAAUCAUUCCAUACCCUUUGAAGAUCCUGUUGUUCUGUUUCUCUGUACCAUUUUCUUCUUUGACCUCAGUCUUAGGUGUCCUUAAUAUCUUUUCACUGCAAUGUGUAUAAUGAUUCCAGAUCUCAUUUAUUGUCAUAAUUUGUAUGCGCAGCAAUACGUAUGAAUAGCUGUUGUUGAUCACAUUGACAAUAGUAUGGACACCGCAAAAAAAAAAAAUGGUAUCGAGAAAUAGCAGUUGUUUAUGAAACAAAAGGAAGUCAAGCUCUUACUUUGUGAAAAUAUCCUAAUUCCUAAGUAAAAAAAUAAGGGAUGUCCAAGUAGCCACUGAUACUUGUGACCUCAGGUUUAACUAUUAGGGGUAUGCAACUAAUAAUGCAAAUAUGGAGAGGGUGUGUGAAUGGAUUGGCGACUUUAAUUUCUUAUCAAUUCAAUGGUUUUAUCAAGUUUUUUCAGUUCAUAGUUCUUCAGGGUAAGAAUUUUAAGUAAUACAUAUCUCCAGUGAUCAGUGCUUCAAGGAUGUUCUCGACUUAAUGACCACAA